UUAUUGUCAAGUUGACACAUUUCAAACGUCUAUAUGACAAACAAUAUAUUUUUAUACUAUGUCAAAGGAAGUUAAAAUAGAAAUAUGAGCACAGAAGACAUCUGGAAUUCUCCGAAAUUUAGAGAAAGUGUUGUCAGAAAAAUCAACCGAGAACUCUUCACUUUAAUACAAAAAGUAAACCUAAAUGGUCAAGAAAUCGAACAAAUAAUAUACGACAGAGUAAAAUCUAAAGAGGAAUAUUUGGGAGCCAUCGCUAAAAUCAUCACGUUCAUAAGAACCAAGACGAAAACGAAAAAUGAAGAUAUUAAGGCGCAAAUCAUGGUAAAAUUGUCAACAUUAAAGAUACCAAAAUUGGUAAAGGUAAUUCCCAUAUCUGAGUUAGAAGAGCUGGAGAAGAUAAAAAUGGAACAAAACACGCAUACAGUUAUCGCAGAUAUUAUAGAAGAAGACAACUAA